GUCAUUCUCGCUUGAUAUCGUUGGCAAAGAAUUCUUCAAAGAUCACUCAAGAUAUAUGAUAUAAGUAUCAUCAAUUGACUGCUUCAAGUUCUAUCUCAUCAAAUGGCUUCUUCCUCAACUCCUUCAUCUUCAGUUCCUACUGCUUCUUCCUCAUCUCGUAGAUCAUUUCAAUUUCCUCCAAAUCCUCUUCAUCAGUCUUAUCAUCCUUUAUCUCAUCACCAUUCUACCCUAAGUUCUGGUAGUAACAAUCUCUUCAAUCAUCCAUCUGGUUCUUCCUGGUCUCAUGCGUCUCCGACUCGGCUUCAUACUCCGAUAAGUCAUCCUCUUUACCGAUUACCGACUUCCGCUUCUCGUUUAUCGUCAAUUCGUCAGUCUGCUGCUCAACUUUCGACUCCUUCUCACCAACCUGUACUCGUACCUCAACCUCAACAACCGAGCUUUUUGAACCCGUCCCUUCAAUUGCAAUCCGAUUGGUUUGAUAGACCCGAUAGCCGAUCAUCAUCACAAUCUCAAUCGACUGCUCUUCCUUCGGCCCUCAACUCACUCCCUCCCGGCUCUCGUCCUUCUAAACUCUCUCAACCGGUCCCUUACAAGAACUUUCAUGUCUGGACCGAAGAAUGGCCUCGCCAAUGGGGCUGGACGGGUGUCGAUAUUCCCGUACACAAUGUCAAGGCUCUUAGAGAUGAAAUCGAAAACGUUGGCUUUCCUAACUCUGAACUUGAACUUCCUCACGAUGCUAGUACUGCUGAGGUCACUGUAGGGGAUGAGGUGGCUGGAUCAGGAGAAGUGGUGAGCUGUAGUUUUGCGAGCAACAAAUGGAAAGUUGAAGUCAUCAAAGGUCAUAGUCGGCGUCCCUCAGCGCCUACCACGCCUACCAGCCGUCUCGCGAAUGUCACUUCAAUCCCAGCUACAAGCCCAAGUCCUUCAUCUGGUGAUCUUUCCCUUUAUCUUACAUGUCACGAAUUAGAAGUGGAUUGGCCUACCUCUCGUUCGAUCUCCACAUCCAUCAUUGUCUCUAUCAAAGAGCCAAGGAUCCCAGUCAAUCUCAACCCGAUCACUGAUCUCGGCAGUGCCAGUGAAGGAUGGAUAUGGAGAGUUUGCUGUGAGGAGCGUAGCUUUGAACGGGAGAGUGAAGUUUGGGAGUGCCAUACUUUUCCUUCCCUGUCUAAAAUAUUGGAAAAUCCACGAGUCGCAAUGUAUGACUCAUUCAUCAUCACCAUCCAAAUCGCCACGCCUUCGACAGUCUCACUACCUCAAAUCCCCAACUCGAGUUACAUUCCUCACACGUUGUUACAAGGGCUGGAAUCUCUGGUUGAUGAUCAAAACACAUCUGAUCUCCAAAUAUUGGUCACCGAAUAUGAUCCAUCUUUGUCCUUGACGUCUUCGGAUCAUCCAGUUCCUCCAAGACAUCGUAAACGAGUUCUCUAUGCACAUUCGGCGAUUCUCAAGAGCCGAUCGGAAUAUUUCCGUGCUAUGCUCGGAGACGAUGAACAAGGUGGAUGGGCAGAAGGUGGUACUAGUAGAGGCGAGAAUCGGAAGUUGGGAUUGGUCAAAAUUGAAGACUUUGACUUCAAUUGCGUUUACUGGCUUUUGCGCUGGCUUUAUUCAAAUCGUAUCUUUUUUGUAGAUCAGGAAGAUGUUCGGACUGAAUGCUUUCUUGGCUCGAGUCUCACCCAAGCUGCUUAUCCCUCCUCGGAUGAUAUGUUACCACACUCUUGGAACUGGCGUACCUACGGGGAAGCCGACGAGGGUGAACAUUCCGUGGCUGAGGCAGAGACCACUGCCGAAAGUAUCACGUCUGAUGACUUGCUUGAGACGGUGAGCGAAAGUGGAAUCAACUCAUCAGUCCAUGGAACCCCACGGGUUGCAAUUGCGUCUUCGACUGCUGCAUCCGCUUCUGGUCGCGGCCGUCCGCGUGGUGGCUCCACUACGGCUAGCGCAAGCUCAGCAGGCAAGCGCCGGACAACCAGUACGACUACUGGCUUCCCUGGACCACUUUCCCCUCUCGUACCUCAAAGUCCGUCUCAUGGGCUCCACAACCGCUCCGCUGGCUCAUCAGGCACUCGCGCACCAAGCUCUCGGGAUGCCGUUGGAGCGUCUCGUGCUAGCUCUGGUAGCUUUAGCCGUUCAACUCAUCAUACCAAUCCAAAUGCUGAUCCGUCCAGCCGAUCACGAUCUACCGAAGUUACUGUACCGCCGUCAUCCGACGGUGCCUGGUUGAUUGGGGAGCCCCAUUCACAUCCAGUCGCAGUUCCAAGCAAGGCAUCAGCGCUCUCGAUUUACAGACUCGCUCAUCGUUAUGAAUUGACCAACUUACAAGAGCUUGCGAUGACCCAUUUGGUCGCCAAUUUGACGCCUAGCACUGCUUUUCCUCUCUUAUUGGCUAGUUUUGUGUUUCCUGAACUUCAUACUGAGAUCAAGGCGUACUGUCUGGCUCAUUAUCAUGAAAUUGUACACGAACCAGAGUUUAGUAGAUGUUAUGCCGAAGUAGGAGAAGGAUUAUGGGAACAUGGCGGUGAAGUGCUUUUGUCUUUCACAAUGAGUUUGAUGCCGGGACCCCCAAACGGUUCUUGGUACUGAGGAUAUUUCAAUUUUUUGAGUGUAUGAUUUGGACCACCUGUUGAUCACUUUUUUUAUCAUAUUUCAUUAAGAGCUAGUUUCCAUAUAUCUUGUCAAUGUAACAGAUAUCAUUUUGUAUUUUAAUGAUGUCACUGUUGAUGUCAUUAUUGUUGUUCUCAUUUUUACCGUUGGAUUUUUGCAACUUGCUUGUAUCUAUGUAUAACUUACUUUUUGUGUUGAUAUUUGAAAUGAAAGAGCGUAUUUGAGUUUUGAUGGG